GCGUCAGUAUCGUGCCAUCAGUGCGAGGGGCAGACGUGUGGAUGAAUGCUAUUGGGGUGAUUAUGGAGUAAAGCUAAGAAUUGGCUCCUGGAAAGAACUACAAGAAGCACCCAUUGCUUGUGUAGACAGCUUGAUCAAAAUGGACAUAGCAACAUCAACAGACAAAGGCAAGCAAUAUGUUGGCUUGUUUCCUAGCGCCCAAGCGGAGUUGCACAAAGACAAGCAACAUAAGAAGAAAAAGAAGAAGAAGAAGCACAAGCAGCGCAAUUCGAGCCCAGGCAGUGACAGCAGCAGCAGCGACCAGUGGGUCGAGAAGCCCACCGCCACUCCGGCCGGCGCGACGGAAGCGGCGGCCGUUUCAGCCAGCGGCACCCAGCACUCGGCCGCUGCUCCGGCCGGCGCGCCGCCGUCGCCCUCCGACGCCACUCAGCCCCAGCGCGACGAGUGGAUGAGCGUGGAGGGCUUGUUCGCGGGCGUAACCUCCGGCGAGGUGCGCGACCGGCGCCGGCAGACGAAGCAGCAGGCGCGCGCCGAGGAGGAGCGCCAGCGCCAGCAGGCGUACGAGGCGCUCAAGUGGCGUGACCCGGGUGACCCACCCGCCGCCGCGCGGCCGGCGGCCGACCAGGGCCGGCCGCUUGAUGAGGUGGUGGCCGAGCGCUGGGGCUCCAUGGAGAAGCUGCAGGCAAUGUUGGACGCGGCCGAGCGGAGGAGCGCGGCCGGGCCGGCGGCCGGCGCCGCCGCCGAGCGGCCAGCUCAGGGCGCCAGGGGCUGGCGACGCGGCCGCACCAAGGACGGGGCCGGCGGUGGGGAUGAAAGGAGGCGCAGAAGAAGCCAGGAGCGGAGUCGGAGCAGGAGCAGGGAGCGGAAGCGAAGCAGGAGCAGGGAGCGGAGACGGAGCAGGAGCAGGGAGCGGAGACCAAGCAGGAGCAGGGAGCGGAGACGGAGCGGGAGCAGAGAGCGGAGACGGAGCAGGAGCCGAGAAAAGAGUCGAAAUGGGAGUCAAGAAAAGCAGCGCAGUACCAACUCUGAAAGAAGACGGAGCAGGAGCAGAGAGCGAAGACGAAGCAGAAGUCGCGAAAGGCGGCGCAGUGGAAGCAGUGAGCGAAGACGAACGAAGAGCACAGAUAGAACACCAAGCAUGACUAGGGAGCGAAGAAGCAUAAGCCCCGGUAGGCGAAAACCUGACGUGUACGACGACCCUAACUCGGGCGAACAAAAGCGGUACAGUGUUGACAGAGAUGAAGGGAAAGAGGUCCGACGUCGGGAGUCCAAAUGUGGAUGGAGCAAAACGGCCGCGACCUCACCAGGUGAUUCUCGCAUCGGGGUAAAGGCCGAGAGAAGAGGCGGCUCCCCGCCGCGUGACCUGCCCCGUGUACAGAGUUCUCCCACUUCUGCUGACGACAGCCCCAACUCCGGCGAAACGGACAGGGACAGCUCUGGAAGCGCGAAGCCACUGACGGACGGGGAGAUGAACGCGCUAGCCGCCAAAAUACUGAAAGCCGAGCUGAACGGCGACGACGAUGUGGUGGCGACGCUGCAGCGGCAGCUGGACGCGGCGCGGCGGCUGCGCGCCACCGUCGGGCCGAGCCGCGCCGCCGCUGAGCAGGUGGUGAUCGUCGUCGGCAAGGGGACGCGUGCGCCGACCAGCGAACGGCCCUCGAAGCGGCAGAAGCCGGACACGCACCGCGGCGCCGAGCGCACCAAGUACUUCGCCGACGACGACCGGCUGCAGCUGCGCGACAUGUUCGAGCGUGAGCGGCGCACCACGCCGGCCGACGAGGCGGCGGCACUGGCGCGGUUGACCGCCGGUGGCGUCCGUCAGCGGCUCGACGACGACCACGGCCUCGACGACGUGCUGGCCGAGCGCGCCGGUCGCGCCCAGCCGGCGCUGGCCGAGGACGAGCGGCAGGCGGCGCGCGCGCUGGCGCAGCACCGGCGUGCUGAGCGCUGCGACCGCUGCCUGGACAGCCGGCGCACGUUGCGCCACCUGAUCGCGGCGCUGGGCGCCAAGAGCUACCUGGCGCUGCCUGCCGGCCGCUCGCUGACGGCCGGCCACUGCCUGCUGGUGCCGCAGCAGCACGUCACCAGCCUGGUUGGCCUGGACGAGGACGCCUGGGAGGAGGUACAACGGUUCCGCGCUGCGCUCGUGGCCAUGUUCGCCACCAUGGAGCAGGACGUGGUGUUCUUCGAGAGCGCGGUGAAGCUACGCACGUACCCGCACGCGGUGCUGCAGGCGGUGCCGGUGCCGCGCGAAAGCGGCGACCUGGCGCCGAUCUACUUCAAGAAGGCGCUGGAGGAGAGCGAGACCGAGUGGAGCCAGAACAAGAAGGUGGUGGACCUGCGUGGUCGUGAUGUGCGCAGAGCUGUGCCAAAGGGCUUGCCGUACUUCUUCGUGGACUUCGGACUGCAGCCCGGCUUCGCCCACGUGGUGGAGGACGAGGAGCUGUUUCCGGCCACAUUCGCGGAGGAGGUUAUCGGUGGCAUGCUGGAACUGGAGCCCUCAGCGUGGAGGCGAUCGCGAAAUGAGUCCCUCGAUGAACAACGGAAGAAAGUCAUGGAGUUUUCGAAGCACUGGGGGCCGCAUGACUUUACAAAAAACGAGUGAUCUGGUUGCAUGCACAGGAUAAAAAAAAAUGUGAGAAACGCAGAUAUUUGCGGAAACACAGUUGAAGUACAAUACAGCUAUGAAUGUGACUGAUAGUUGUUCUGUGAUGCUCAAU